AUGAGCGACUUUCUUAUCUUGCCUGGGCCACAGGCCUUGUCGAAGUUUAGAGUCUCCAACUUGGUGCAAGAGUUGGAGAAGAACUUGAACCAGCAGGGCGUCAUUGCUUCUGUUUCUUCUGCUUACACCCAUUAUGUGUCUUUGAAGGAAUCUUUGACUCCUGCUCAGUUGAAGUUGACGGAGAUUUUGUUGACCUACGAUUCUCCUGCUGAUUUGGCUAUUGAGGCUAACCAGACUUUGCAGAACUUGGUUUCCAUCUCUGGAGAUGACAGCUCUGCUGAGAAGUUUCACGCCUUGAACCUGUCCAAUGUUCUUGUCAGAGUGUUGCCUAGACCAGGCACUAUCUCUCCAUGGUCUUCUAAGGCUACGGAUAUCGCCAACAUUGUCGGUUUGGGUGAUAAGAUUGAAAGAGUCGAAAGAGGUAUUUCUCUUUUGAUUUCUGCCACUGAAGGUUUUGACUUGUUGGCUGCUUUGAACAGCCGUGGCGGUGAGAUCUUGACUUCUGUGUUCGACAGAAUGACUCAGCAGCUCUACAUCAACGAGAAUGCUCCUAAGCACGAUGACUUGUUCGCCCACCACGAGCCAAAGCCUUUGGUUCACGUUGAUAUUACUUCUUCGCCAGACAACUUGGUUAAGGCCAACACCGACCUCGGUUUGGCUCUUGAUAAGGGUGAAAUUGAGUACUUGAUUAACGCUUUCACCAAGGUCAUUGGUAGAGACCCUACUGAUGUUGAGCUUUUCAUGUUUGCCCAGGUCAACUCUGAACAUUGCAGACAUAAGAUCUUCAACGCUGACUGGACCAUUGACGGUGUCAAGAAGGACUUGUCCUUGUUCAAGAUGAUCAGAAACACCCACAACAAGAACCCUCAAUACACUGUCUCUGCUUACUCUGACAAUGCUGCUGUUUUCGAGGGUCCAAACGGUUACCUCUUCACUCCAGACUUCAAGACUAAGGAGUGGAAGUCUAUUAAGGAGAACGUCUUCACCUUGGUCAAGGUUGAGACUCACAACCAUCCAACUGCUGUUUCUCCCUUCCCUGGUGCUGCCACUGGUUCUGGUGGUGAAAUCAGAGAUGAGGGUGCUGUCGGUCGUGGUUCCAAGUCCAAGGCUGGUUUAUCUGGUUUCUCUGUUUCCGAUUUGAACAUCCCAGCUUUGCCUCAGCCAUGGGAACGUGACAUUGGUAAGCCAAAGCACAUUGCUUCUUCUUUGGACAUCAUGGUGGAAGCUCCUCUUGGAUCUGCUGCUUUCAACAACGAGUUCGGUAGACCAGCUAUCAAUGGUUACUUCAGAACUUUGACUACUGAGGUGAAGAACCACAAGGGUGAAAACGAAUUCAGAGGUUUCCACAAGCCUAUCAUGUUGGCUGGUGGUAUGGGUGCUAUCAGACCUGACUUGGCUUUGAAGGACACUAAGAUUACUCCUGGAGCUAACCUUAUCGUCUUGGGUGGCCAGUGUAUGUUGAUUGGUUUGGGUGGUGGUGCUGCCUCCUCUGUCUCUUCUGGUGAAGGAUCUGCUGAGCUUGAUUUCGCUUCUGUCCAGAGAGGUAACCCAGAAAUCCAAAGAAGAGCCCAACAGGUCAUUGAUGCUUGUGUCUCUCUUGGUGCUAGUGGUAACCCAAUCCAGUCCAUCCACGAUGUUGGUGCUGGUGGUUUGUCUAACGCUUUGCCAGAAUUGGUUCAUGACAACGACUUGGGUGCCAAGUUUGAAUUGAGAUCUAUUCUUUCUCUUGAGCCUGGUAUGUCUCCUAUGGAAAUCUGGUGUAACGAGUCCCAAGAAAGAUACGUCAUGGGUGUUGCUCCAGAGAACUUGGAGUUGUUCAAGAGCAUUUGUGAAAGAGAGAGAGCUCCAUAUGCUGUGGUUGGUCAGGCUACCGAAGAGCAGAGAUUGGUUUUGACUGACUCUUUGUUGAAGACUACCCCUAUUGACCUUGAAAUGUCUGUCUUGUUCGGUAAGCCACCAAAGAUGUCCAGAGUUGCCGCUACUCAAGAUUUGCAAUUGACCCCAUUCACUACUUCUGACUUGUCUGUGGAAGAGUCCGUCAAGAACGUUUUGCAGCUUCCAGCAGUUGGUUCCAAGAAUUUCUUGAUCACCAUUGGUGACAGAUUCGUUACCGGUUUGGUUGACCGUGACCAGAUGGUUGGUCCAUGGCAGGUUCCUGUCGCCGACGUUGGUGUCACUGCCACCUCUCUCGGUGACUCUGUUUUGGUUACUGGUGAAGCUAUGGCCAUGGGUGAGAAGCCAACCUUGGCUUUGAUUUCUGCUUCUGCCUCUGCUAAGAUGGCCGUUGCUGAAUCCUUGCUUAACGUCUUUGCUGCUGACAUUCCAGCUCUUGACAGAGUUAAGUUGUCUGCUAACUGGAUGUCUGCUGCUUCUCACGAUGGUGAAGGUGCCAAGUUGUACGAAGCUGUUCAGGCUAUUGGUUUGGACUUGUGUCCAGACUUGGGUGUUUCUAUUCCUGUCGGAAAGGACUCCAUGUCCAUGAAGAUGAAGUGGGAUGACAAGGAAAUCACUGCUCCUUUGUCGUUGUGUAUCACUGCAUUUGCUCCAGUUACCAACACCUCCAAGACUUGGACUCCACAGCUUAAGGUCUCUGACGAGGAUACCGUUUUGGUCUUGGUUGACUUGGCCAAGGACGUCAAGAAGUCUCUUGGUGGUUCUGCUUUGGCUCAGGUCUACAAGCAGGUUGGUGACAGUGCUCCUACUGUCCACUCUCAUGAGCUUUUCAGAAACUUCUUGAACUCUUUGAUCGCUUUGCAUCAGGACGUUGAUGUCUUGGCUUACCACGACAGAUCUGAGGGUGGUUUGUUCACCACCGUCACUGAGAUGGCUUUCGCUGGUAGAUGUGGUGUUCAAGUCACUUUGCCAAGCGAAGAGGAUGCUUUGACCGAGUUGUUCAACGAAGAGCUCGGUGCUGUCUUCCAAGUCAAGUCCACUGAUCUUGAGAAGUUUGUCAAGGUCUUGAGUGACAACAAGGUUGACGAGAAGUACGUUUCCGUCAUUGGUAAGCCAACUAAGGAGCAAACUCUUUCCUUCAAGCAGAACGGUGAAACCGUCUACGAGAACACCAGAGCUACUUUGCAGAAGUUGUGGAGCAACACCUCUUACCACAUUCAGAAGCUCAGAGACAAUCCAGAGACCAGUACUGAGGAGUACGAGGCUAUCGGUGACGAUGCUGACCCUGGUUUGUCUUACCAGUUGACCUUCGAUCCAAAGGACUUCAAGAUCACUGCUGGUGACAAGAAGCCUAAGGUGGCUAUCUUGAGAGAGCAGGGUGUCAACUCCCAACAGGAGAUGGCUUGGUCGUUCUCGCAGGCUGGUUUCGACGUCUACGAUGUGCACAUGUCUGACAUCUUGAGCGGUAAUGUGUCCUUGGACCAAUUCACCGGUAUUGCUGCCUGUGGUGGUUUCUCUUACGGUGAUGUUCUCGGUGCUGGCGCUGGCUGGGCCAAGUCUGUCUUGUUCAACGAGAAGGCCAGAGAGGAGUUCAGAAAGUUUUUCAACGAAAGAGAAGACACUUUUGCCAUUGGUGCUUGUAACGGUUGUCAGUUCUUGAGCAGAAUUGCUGAAUUGAUUCCAGGUACUGAGCACUGGCCUACAUUCGAGAGAAACUUGAGUGAACAGUACGAGGCUAGAUAUGUGAUGGUCGAGGUUGACGAGACCGAAGACAACAAGUCCAUUUUCUUGCAGAAGUUGAAGGGUUCUAAGUUCCCAAUCGUUGUUGCCCACGGUGAAGGUAGAGCUUCUUUCGAGGACCAGGCUAGACAAGAGUCUUUCCUUACCCAGGACAAGCAGUCUGUCAUCAGAUACGUUGACAACUACGGUGAAGUUGCCAAGACUUACCCAUUCAACCCUAACGGUUCGCCUGAAGGUAUUGCUGGUAUUUCUAACGCCAACGGUAGAGUGUUGGCUAUGAUGCCUCACCCAGAGAGAACCACCAGAUUGGAGUCCAACUCUUACUACCCAACUGAGAAGUACGCCGAGUGGGAGGGUUACGGUCCAUGGAUCGCAUUGUUCAAGUCUGCCAGAGAGUGGGUUGGUGAAAAGUUCUAA